AUGCCUCAAGCACAUGACACAAAGAUUCUUGUUGUCGGUACCGGGCCUGUCGGAUGCUUUGUGGCCUAUCAGCUGGGUAAGCAGGGGACCCCCGUCACAAUCCUCGAGAAGGAGCCCGCGCUUCCCUACACUCCACGAGCCGUGGACUACUACGGGGCAGCGCAGGUUACUUUCAAGAACACUGCGUACCCGUCGGUUGACGACGGUACUGGCCAUUACAAGGUCUAUGGCGAGAUGAUUGCAGGCCUACCCCUGAGCGACACAACGAUCCCUUGCUGCGCGUAUCUGUCUGGCCCCCUGAAGCUGCGCCAGUCGGAGCUGACCCAGCUGCUCCUACGCGAGGCGUUGGCCACGGGUCUUGCCAACAUCCACUUCCAAGCAGCCGUCGAGGCGAUCACAGACCGUGGCGAGGAAGGGGUCCUCGUCACGGCGGGAAACCCAGCCACCGACCUGGUCUCAGUCUACACAGCGGCGCAGACGGCGGCAAGACCCAGACCUGCAAACUCCUCGACAUCCCCUGCCUAG